GCAGCUGCAGUAACCAGCACGUCUGGGCAGCAGACUCGAUAGAAUUGGUUCCCAUCGGCUUUUUUUUUUCUUUCUUUGUUGUUGUUGUUUUUUUGUUUUUUUUUUAAGUGAUGGCAUCUAACAGAAAAUGUCACAGCUGAACGAGACGAAAAGACAGAGAAGGAUCUGAAAAGGAUCUGGACUCGUCACGGUGGUUGUUUCCUUCCAGUUUCCUGACCCGGGCUGUCCUGAGGGGACGAGGCUGUCAGCAUCUGUCCACGCAGAGCCGCAGGUGUUUAACGCAGAAUUAUCCAACCUUCCUGCCCUGUUCAUGGCAAAGAUGAACUGGUCUGCUGGUACACAGUGUGUAGCAAAGAGUGACCACAGAAAACCUAAACCUGGAGAGCUGGCUUACCACAAAGGCGACAUCUUCACUAUUGUUGACACGAGCACAAAGAAGGGGUUUUACAAGGCCAGACACAACACCACGGGAGACGAGGGGCUCAUCAACUCCACCAAUGUUCGUGAAAGAGAGGCUCUACGUGUCGACCCCAGCCUCAGCCUCAUGCCCUGGUUUCAUGGGAAGAUCUCUGGUCCAGAGGCAGUGUGUAAGCUGCAGCCAGCUGAGGAUGGCCUAUUCCUGGUGCGAGAGUCCAUCCGCCAUCCCGGCGACUACGUCUUGUGUGUUAGUGUCUCUGGAGAGGUCAUCCACUACCGAGUGAUUUAUCAGAACAACAAGCUGACCAUCGACAACACGCAGUAUUUCUACAACCUCAUUGAUAUGAUAGAGUUCUACUCAAAGAACAAAGGCUCUAUUUCUACAAUUCUACUGAAGCCCAAACGAAAACAAGGAACCAAGUCAGCUGAGUUAGAGCUGUCUAAAACUGGAUGGCUGCUGGACAUUGCAAAGCUCACACUGGGAGAGAUUAUUGGAGAGGGGGAGUUUGGUGCUGUCUAUGAAGGAGAGUAUAUGGGCCAGAGGGUGGCAGUAAAGACCAUUAAAUGUGACGUCACGGCUCAGGCGUUCUUGCAGGAGACUGCAGUUAUGACAAAACUCCAGCACAAAAACCUGGUGCGGUUGUUGGGCGUCAUUCUUCACAAAGGGCUUCAUAUUGUCACAGAGCUCAUGAGAAAGGGAAACCUUGUUAACUUUCUCAGGACAAGGGGACGUUCAGUUGUAAACUCAGUUCAGCUGCUCCGCUUUGCACUUGAUGUGUGUGAAGGGAUGGAGUACCUGGAAUCUAAGAAGCUGGUUCACAGAGACUUGGCAGCUCGUAACAUCCUGGUCUCUGACGACAGUGUGGCCAAGGUCAGCGACUUUGGCCUCACCAAGGUGGACUCUAAAGCGUCAGAUAAUGUCAAACUGCCGAUCAAAUGGACCGCCCCCGAAGCUCUGAAGAAAGAGAAAUUCUCCACGAAGUCAGAUGUCUGGAGUUAUGGCAUUCUUCUGUGGGAGAUCUUCUCAUACGGCCGUCUACCUUACCCUAAGAUGUCUCUGAAGGAGGUGAAGGAGCGAGUGGAGGGGGGUUAUCGCAUGGAGGCUCCAGAGGAUUGUCCACCUGGUGUUUAUGCUGUAAUGAUGAUUUGCUGGGAGCAGGAGCCACGCAAAAGACCCGCUUUCCACAAACUGAGGGAGAAACUUGAGAGAGAGAUGAGUAAAAACAGCCUGGGCCCUGGGUCAGAGUGUCAGGAGGGGUUUGGGUCCGGAUCUGGAUUCUGAUCUUGGUUGUAAAUCUUGAACUCACUAGAGUGCCACCUCUUGGAGCUAAUUCACACUUGUGUUUGUGUGCAUCACACAAGACGAACCAGCCGGGUAAAUGAUCUAACACGCUUAAAGAGUCCGACUGGAUUACAGAAACCUAGUGGAUGGGACACAACAAUGAUUCUGGUCAUCAUGUAAUGCCAGUGAGAAAAGGUUUAAUGGUUGGAGCCAUGAAUAGGCUAACUUUGCUUUUGUGGGUGCAAAGCAAAAAGUGCUGGAUGGAUUGUCAUGAUUCUUUUUUACCUUUCCAGUGCCACCAACAGGUUGUGAGAUGUCACAGUUACUAUUGGAUGGAUUGCUGUAAAAUUUGGUACACACGUUCAUGUUCCCCCUGAAACCUUUUUUUAAACUUUAGCACCGCCAUCUGGUCACAUUCCACUUUGUCCAGUUCUUUGGUUUAUGAUCAAAUACCUGCAAAACAAAAUUACAUUCCCAACAGCCUCAGUUGUACUUUCUGUUUAGUGCUAAUUAGCUAGCUUUAGACUCUUGUUUUCCUCUUUUUUGUGAGGCAUAGUCAGACUCAAAGGUAAAAUCUCUCACUGUAAUAACAAUAUUUAAAAAUCAACCCACAGGACAAUUCACAGCCAUUACUUUUGAAGUUUGUUGACACUAUCCUUGUGGAACAAUACCAGUGGCAAAAACACGCUCUUAAGUUAAAGUUUAUUACUUUAAUGAUUCCUCAAACUGGGGAAAUUAGUUAUUCUCUGCAUUUUACCCACACCAAGUAAACGAAACACACACACAAGCAUGCACAUGCAGUAGAGACGCUGGGGCAGAGGGCUGCCAACUAAGGCACCCAGGGAGCUGGGGUGGAUCGGUGCCUUGCUCAGGGGCACCACAGCCAUGGGGGUUGGGGUUGAACGGGCGACCCUCCAAUCUCAGGUCGGUCAAAAAGCCGCACUCUUUGCUUAUGUCUCCGGUAAGAACAAAUGUGUUUGAGGCAGAGGACUAUAGAUGGGUGGAUUAAGCCAGAAAGUAUUAAUGAACGCCAGAAAGUAUUAAUGAACGAACAUUGCAGGUUUUGGUCUUUUCAUGGGAUUUGUUGACAGUAAUAAAAUAUAGAGUAUCUUCCGUCCUACCCUUAAGCAAUACUGGAAAGCAUGAUGAUGAGUACAGUAGAGUGCCAUAAUGUUUUUGAAAUGCUCUACAUUGAUUUUGAAUCUCCUGAAUCACGACAUGUUAGUUCAGUCAGUGAUGUAAAGAGCAAAAGAUUUAGAGUUAGUUUGUUGUCAUGUGAGUAUCGUACCUGUAUGAUCAAAAAUAAAUUGUCUCAGAUGAAGGAUAAAUACACGUUAUUUGUAUGUAAUGUCAGUGAGAGAUGUCACAAAAAGAUUAAACAUAUGUAGGAAAGAGGAUGGAACAGAGAAAUGAAGAAAGAGGAAAAAUGUUUAUCCUGGAUUUAAUCACAGAUCACCAAAAUCUGCUUGUAUCCCAGUAUUAAAGCUCAGCAAUAUGCCAUGAACUCAGGGCUUAAUAUGAAAAAUAUUUAAUGUUAUUUCUGGUAUAUAGAAAGUAAAGAAUUUUACUUGCAGGCUUUUUUUUUUUUUUUUUUAGGUUUUUAGCUUGUGUGCAGAGAAUAUUGGGAGGAUUUUACAGUUGAUUUGCUGCAGAUCCUCUGUCGGCCUUUGGUUAAUUCCCCUAAUGUACAGGGUUUCUUUUCUUUCUUUUUUUUUUUUCUUGAAUUUUAUGACAAGCAGAAGUAAAAAAUGAACUUUUUAAGGAAAUCAAGCCUAAUACAAUUUUUGCCUUCCUCCAUACUCCAUUGGUCAGUAUACAUGGGGUGGACUUUGAUUCAAUUCAUUCAAAUUUAGUUUCCUGAGACUAAAUCUAAGGGAAAUACGGUAUUUAUUAUUACUUUCUCUUCCCUCUUUAUUGGGAUUUUUAGAUUAUACUAGCAACUUUGUGUUAUCCGCUGUCCUCUUCCAUCAUCACUUGGGAUCUCUUGUGCUUUUUGCAGGUAUGGAAUGUUUUAUGCUUUCUUAAUCUUGGGGGGGAAAAACGUUUUGGACUACCGUUGUUUAUUUUCCAUAUAUUGUUAUUCCAUUUUUGACAGUACAUGAAUCACUCAUUUCACAGUAUGUAAUUGUCUGCUGCUUUUUAAUGGAAAUGCAACGAAAUGCAAUAGUAAUGCACUUUUCAAGUUCAAAACUCAACACAAAUGAAGCCUUUUGGAUUAUUGUCAUGUCACAAGGCUAAAUUAAAGAUGUCAUUUGAUUUAAGUCUACGUAAGCCUGGUAUUUGUCUCUGUCCCAGGAGACGGACCCCAAAUUGAGGCUUGAGCCUCUAUCUCUUGUUAUCAUACAGUGUGAGCGAGAGUCCACCAUGAUUUGUUCAAUCUGCUGUGUUUUCCUGAAGCUCUCUAAUGGGAUGAGCAGCAAUUUUCUGCGCAAGGAUUUAUAAAGGAACCAAAUGUAAAAAAAAAAAUUGAUAAUAAAAGAUUUGCUGUCUUUGA